CAUGUUCCAUAUGUCAGUCUAGUUUAUACAUCAGCUUCCUGUGAGUUGACUGGUGGGAGUUAGUUCUGGAGCAAUCAGUCAAUUCUUGGUGCCCUGAUAAGAUCAAAUUUCCAGACCUGCAAAGCUGAGGACUGGCUGCUGAGCUUUGGUAACCACACCGUGUAAAGUGUAUGACCACUGACCUCAAUAGAACACCCACCCAUGCCCUGCCUCUCUCUCAUUGUUACUCUUCUAUACCAAGAUCACAACCGGCCCCCUCCACUGCCUCUCCUUCCAAGCUUUCUACGAGACAAACUCCACUCCACGGCAGCCCCAACCACGACCUCUGCGCCUUGCCUCUCUGCCUACCCCAACAAAGAACUUCAUUUGGUCUUAGCCUUUUUUGCUGGGGUUCUACUGACAUUGCUGCUGAUGGCCCUAGUCUUCCUCAUCAUAAAGAUCUACAGAAAAUGUCGCUCCAGUCCCCAGGCUCUGGAUCCUCACUCAGAUCCUCCAGCCAAGCUUCCGUCUGUCCCAGAGGAGACACUCACCUAUGCCAGCAUGACUUUAAAACAGUCGCAAGGAAAGAGAGAUCGCUUGACUGCAAACCGUUCUGCACACUCAGACCCCGUUGUCUACGCUCGAAUUAAAGUGACAAAUACAUCCUGCCUUUCCAGUGAGGCUUGAAUUCAGUUCCUCUCACCUCGGCUCCAUCUUCAUACAUCGCUUUCCCUUUUUACAAAUUUUGGGCCACAAUCUGGGAGAAACUGCUGAUGGAGUUGUUUGGGUGUGAUCUGGCAGUGUUAGCCAGCAGUUUUGAAGACAGAGGGUCAGUCUUUUUCCUGGCCAGAGAAAAGACUGCUGGCCCUCCCACUUGGACUGACAGCCUCUUAGCCCCAUGAGGGCUGAGACUGCCCCCCUUGUCCCCUUCCAAAGUGUGUGGUACAGAGCUCAGGGCACAAAGAGUGCUCACUCAGUGUCAUUGAUCAACUUGAGAGGAGUCAACCAAAUGAACACUCUAGCAAGAAUUACAAAUAAAAGGAAACCUUCU